CCGGCUCGGCGCUGAAGUCAUGCAGAGCGCGCUCUCCUCGUUUAUUGAUCUCUCUCUCUCUCUCUCUCUCUACAUGGGCGUGUCGAGUGGGCACGCACCACCUUCCCAUUCGAUCUCUUAGUCUCACAAAUAUCGAACUUGGGAGAGAGGAGGAGGAGGAGGGAGAGGGAGGUGGGUGUCGUAAUGGCGUACAGGGCGGACGAGGAGUACGAUUACCUGUUCAAGGUGGUGCUGAUCGGGGACUCCGGGGUGGGCAAGUCCAACCUGCUCUCCCGCUUCGCCCGCAACGAGUUCAGCAUCGAGUCCAAGUCCACCAUCGGGGUCGAGUUCGCCACCCGCACCGUCCACGUCGACGACAAGGUCGUCAAGGCCCAGAUCUGGGACACCGCCGGCCAAGAACGGUAUCGUGCCAUCACAAGUGCAUAUUAUAGAGGAGCUGUCGGUGCACUCGUCGUCUAUGAUGUGACUCGCCAUGCCACUUUUGAGAAUGUGGAGAGGUGGUUGAAGGAGCUACGGAGUCAUACAGACCCCAGCAUUGUGGUAAUGCUGGUGGGCAACAAGGCUGACUUGCGUCACCUGAGGUCUGUCUCCCUGGAGGACGCUGAGGUCUUUGCUGAGAAGGAGAAAACCUUCUUCAUGGAGACAUCUGCCUUGGAGUCACUGAAUGUGGAGAAUGCAUUUACAGAAGUGCUAUCACAGAUAUAUCGAGUAACAAGCAAAAAAUCCCUUGAUGUUGGCGACGAUGCUGCAGUAUUUCCGAAGGGACAGACCAUCAAUAUGGGAGGAAAAGAUGAUGUAUCAGCUGUUAAGAAACGUGGCUGCUGCUCAACUUAGCUUUCUUCUUUGGCAUUCUUGCAUGGGGUUGCCUUUUGCAAAUUUCCAAGUACUUCUCUCUUGAAGACAAACUCCAAGAAAAUUUAGCAUCACCUGCACUUCCAUAGCUAGUAUCAGUAUGGCUUUUUAUACGAGUGGUCAUCGUUCCAGAGUGCAGACUGCAAGAUUUCUUCUCACUUUUAUAUAUGGCUUGAACUCAAACUGGAUUUUGUUAGCAA